UAACUCCACACACAAGGUGUAGACUUAAACUCCUUAAAUUGGAAAGAAUAAAGGAUUACUUGCUGAUGGAAGAAGAGUUCAUCCGUAAUCAGGAAAGAAUGAAACCCCAAGAAGAGAAAAAAAACGAAGAAGAGAGAUCUAAAGUAGAUGACUUGAGAGGAACCCCCAUGUCUGUCGGGACCUUGGAAGAAAUCAUAGAUGACAAUCAUGCCAUUGUCUCAACUUCAGUCGGCAGUGAACACUAUGUCAGUAUUCUGUCCUUCGUUGAUAAGGAUCAGUUGGAACCUGGUUGCUCAGUUCUACUCAAUCAUAAGGUUCACGCAGUUGUUGGGGUAUUGUCAGACGAUACAGACCCGAUGGUCACUGUUAUGAAGCUGGAGAAGGCACCUCAAGAAACAUAUGCAGAUAUUGGAGGACUGGAUCAGCAGAUACAGGAGAUUAAGGAGUCUGUGGAACUGCCCCUGACUCAUCCGGAAUACUACGAAGAAAUGGGAAUCAAGCCGCCUAAGGGUGUGAUUUUGUACGGACCUCCUGGCACGGGCAAGACACUCCUGGCAAAGGCUGUUGCCAAUCAGACAUCAGCGACGUUUCUCAGGGUGGUUGGCUCUGAACUGAUUCAAAAGUACCUGGGUGAUGGACCAAAAUUGGUGAGAGAGCUGUUUCGGGUGGCAGAAGAACAUGCUCCGUCCAUCGUAUUCAUUGAUGAGAUUGACGCUGUGGGGACUAAGCGUUACGACUCCAACUCCGGUGGGGAGCGUGAGAUCCAGCGGACUAUGUUGGAGCUGCUUAACCAGCUGGAUGGCUUUGAUUCUCGUGGAGAUGUCAAGGUCAGUCUUGCUACAAACAAAAUAAAAACGCUGGAUCCUGCUUUGAUCAGACCUGGCCGCAUCGAUCGUAAAAUUGAGUUUCCCCUGCCAGAUGAGAAGACAAAACGUCGCAUCUUCAACAUUCACACUUCUCGAAUGACCUUGGCUGAGGGAGUCAACUUAAAUGAGUUGAUAAUGGCCAAGGAUGACCUUUCUGGUGCCGAUAUCAAGGCUAUCUGUACCGAGGCAGGGUUGAUGGCACUGAGGGAACGUCGCAUGAAAGUCACCAAUGAAGAUUUCAAGAAAUCCAAGGAGAGUGUUCUUUACAGAAAGAAGGAAGGCACACCCGAGGGGCUAUAUUUAUAAUUUGUUUACUUUUUCUAUUUUUGAUGUUUGAUUCAGCAAAUAAAAACUAUGAAAUUACAAAUUA